UGUGAAGGGAGAGGGAGAGGAUAAGGACUACGAGAUGGAAAGAGAGGAGGAAGAGGAAGAUGAGACGACAAUUCAAGAACAGGAGAGACACGAGGAGGGAGAGGGAGAGGGGGAGGGGGGAGAGGAAGUCGACCACCAGGCCGAGAUCGAUGAGCUGAACAAAGAAAAUGAGCUGUCACUGGAGGAGCUACUGGGACUGUACGACCUCAAGAGAAGGUCGGCAACUCCAGACACCACUCUGGACGGAAGCAGUAAACCUGACACCUCAAUAGCAGGAUCAGAUGUAGGUGAGAGUGAAGAAGAGGAGGAGGAGGAGGAAGAUGAGGAGGAGGAGAAGGAGAAGGAGGAGGAGGGGAGACUGGAGAGGGAGCAGUGACGACAGAGGAGGGUUUCUCCGGAGUGGCAGCUGCAGCUGAGCAGUUCCAGCCAAAGGGAAUCACCCUCGCCACUACUGAAGUGAAGACAAAAGUGCCGUUCUUGCUCCGAGGGACACUGAGAGAGUACCAGCACAUCGGACUGGACUGGCUGGUCGCCAUGGACGAACGCAGACUCAACGGAAUCCUGGCCGACGAGAUGGGGCUCGGGAAGACGAUUCAAACUAUCGCCAUGCUCGCUCACCUCGCCUGCGAAAGAGGUAACUGGGGUCCUCAUCUCAUCAUAGUCCCCACCUCAGUCAUGCUCAACUGGGAACUGGAGCUCAAGAAGUGGUGUCCGGCCUUCAAGAUCCUCACCUACUUUGGCUCCUUCAAGGAGAGGAAGCAGAAGAGAGUGGGCUGGAGCAAGUACAAUGCCUUCCAUGUGUGCAUCACGUCGUACAACAUUGCGGUCCAGGAUCACCGUGCCUUCAAACAGAAGAGAUGGAAAUACCUCGUUCUGGAUGAGGCUCAGAACAUCAAGAACUUCAAGAGCCAGCGUUGGCAGACUCUGCUGAACUUCAACAGCCAGAGACGGCUCCUCCUCACUGGCACACCGCUGCAGAAUAACCUGAUGGAGCUGUGGUCCCUGAUGCACUUCCUCAUGCCCACCGUCUUCUCGUCUCACACUGACUUCAAGGAGUGGUUCUCGAAUCCGUUGACAGGGAUGGUGGAGGGAAGCCAGGAGUACAACGAGUCCAUUGUGACACGCCUCCAUCAGGUUCUGAGACCAUUUCUCCUCCGUCGGCUGAAGAUGGAGGUGGAGAGACAGAUGCCAAAGAAGUAUGAACACAUUCUGUCAUGUCGUCUCUCGAAGAGACAGCGGUUUCUAUACGAGGACUACAUGUCCAGGACCAAGACGAGGGAGACACUGGCGGCAGGAAACUACCUCAGUGUCAUCAACAUCCUCAUGCAACUGAGGAAGGUGUGCAACCAUCCAGAUCUGUUUGAGCCACGACCGACCCUCUCUCCGUUCAGAAUGACGGCCAUUCGGUACUACUCUGCCUCUCUCGUCCUCCACGCCAUGCAGUACGACCCCUUCAAGCACGUUUGUCUGGACCACCUCAAUCUAAGACUAGCCGACACUGAAUUCAAAGUCGGGGCCUUCGCGGCGUUCCGUUGCAGCCAGCUCCAGGCGCCCCGGGCCUUCCUUCUGGACCCAUUGUCAGCCCAUCCCAACGAGGUUGAUCUGACUGGAGAGAGAGGCGGACUUCUGGCUGGAGGAGACGAGGGAGAGCUCGGCGACCUCGUCCUGCCAGUUCUGACGUCGGCCCAGGAGGAAUGGGGUAUGGGCAGACACAGACACAUGCACGACAUCAAUAGCCUCCGAUGUCAACGUCAACCCAUGUACGGCCGGGACCUCGUGCACACAAUCCUCUCUCUCUGUCGACAGCCGGACCGGAGGCCCUCCCAACCCUCCUCGUCGUCCCCGGCAACCACUAAUGAGGGGGUGUGGUUGUGGACGGGGUCUCUGGCCUGUGAGAGGGUGAUGACGGGUGUUCGGCCAGAGGAUGGAGGAUCUGGGUCUCUGGCACUGAGCAAGGCUCUCUUGUCCUACCACACCAGGGCCCACAUGAUGGGGGACACCAUUAGAAGGUUCACUAUAGCAGUCCCUCCAACCACAGCUCCUCAGAUCUCUCUCCACUGCCACCACCCCCCUCCAUCCCACGCCCUGCGAGAGAUGGAGCUGGCCGACGCCAUUUCCCGCCAUCUCUCCCCCGCCUCCUCCCUCCUCCACACCGCGGCCACCGCAGCCUCUCUUCAGUUUCCUGAGACAAGACUCAUCCAGUAUGACUGUGGGAAGCUACAGAUGCUGGACUCUCUGCUGCAGCAGCUAAAAAUGGGGGCUCACCGUGUCCUCAUCUUCACGCAGAUGGCUCGCAUGCUCGACGUCCUCGAGAUCUUCCUCAACUACCAUGGCCACACCUACCUCCGUCUGGAUGGCUCCACCCCUCCACUCAAGAGACAGUUCUUGAUGGAUCGAUUCAACCGUGACAAGAAGAUAUUCUGUUUCAUCCUCUCCACCCGGAGUGGUGGGCUAGGGGUUAAUCUGACCGGUGCCGACACGGUGGUGUUCUACGACUCAGACUGGAACCCAACCAUGGACGCACAGGCUCAGGACCGCUGCCAUCGCAUCGGCCAGACCAGAGACGUACACAUUUACAGGCUGGUGUCUGAGAGGACGGUGGAAGAGAAUAUACUGAAGAAGGCGAACCAGAAGAAGCUGCUGGGGGACAUUGCCAUCGAGGGAGGGGCAUUCACCACGGACUUCUUCAGGAAGGCAUCACUGAGGGAGCUGUUCAAGGUGCAGAGAGAGGAGGGAAGAGGAGGAAGGGUUGCCAUGGAAACACCCACGCAGGAAGAGAGCGUGCAGCUGUCUCAGAAACAGAUCGAAGAGAUGCUGGCUGAUGUGGAGGAUGACACGGACGUACAGGCAGCCAGAAUGGCCAGAGCUGAGGAGACGGCCGAGAUGGCGGAGUUUGACGAGACCUUUAGCUCCCAGUCCACCACCACCGCCGGUGCUGCUCCCAGCAAGGAGGGAAAGACGGCGUCGACGGCCGGAGUGGAGUCACAGGUACAGAGCGAGUUUGACAGACUGCAGGAGGAGCUUUCGGGCGUUGAGCAGUACGCCGUGCGCUACCUGGAGUCUGAGAGGGCACACAUCACUAGUCAAGAGCUCCGACUGGCUGAGGAGAACAUCAAACUAGCGAAGAAGGACUGGGAGCUAACUCACCUCCAGAGUCUGAGGGCUGAGGAGGAGAGACUCGCCGAGGAAGAAGCAGAGGAUGUCCUCCUCACCUACGACAGGCCUGAGACUGCCAACAAGAUGAUUGUGGACAGAGAGACUGGAGAUGAGAUGCCGAUGUGGCUACCUCCAACUCCACCAGCCGAAGAGGAAGAUGUAAUUUACGUGGAUCCCAUUCUGAGUUUGACCUAUCACCUCUCUUCUACCAUCAGUCCUGCCGUGUUGGCUGCCAAUGUUCCUUUCCAUGUUGACGACUAUGAUGUAUUUGGUCUGUGGAGACCUCCACCUCCAGUUGUUGAGCCGGUGAAGAAGUCACACCAGAAGUCCUCCAGCAAGAAGAUCAAGGAGAAUGUGAAUGUUCCUCCCUCUCUCUUCUGGCGUCGCAUGGCCGCCGACUCUCUCCCCACGAAGCUGCGGAAACUCACCUCCCACCAUUCCAAGAAGACCAAGAACAAGGAGUCCUUCACUCCCAUUCUGGAGCAGCACCCGGAAGGCCCUGACUGGAUUCCAUAUGAGGACUGGAUACUCCUAAAGUGUAUUACGACCGUGCUAGAGUUCCCACUAUCGCUGACCAUCUCCGUCCCGGCACAAAUCCCUAACUGGAGCAUCGUCUCAGAUCUCACCUCCGCCAUAUCGAAGGUCAAAAGGUCUCCACUGCAGUGCCGGGAGCAUUUAAUGAAUACCGUCAUACCACGCGAAGGACCUGUCGUCAAGGGGGAAGACUCUGGUGACUUGAAGAGACACAGAUCGAAAGACGGAUCUCUGAAGAAGAGCAAGGGGCGCCGGGAGCAACGGACAAAGGGUCUGGUGAUGGCGGACGGCGGGCGAGACCUGACUGACCAGUAUUCAACCAGUUUCAACUGGCUCCUCUCAACCGCAUCCAAGAGGAACCAGCAGUCGAAAUUCGCGUAAGUCUUCCCCACAAGUCCAAGAUUUCACAUUAUUAUUCUCCUCACAGGUGGGAGUCACUGCAGAAGCACUCCAUGCACAGUGAGCUUCUCAAGGAGUAGUAAGUUAGAACUGUCUCUCCCUAACCUCCGCUAUUUAUCCUCUCUCUCUCCUUUCUCUCUCCUCACAGUGGGAUAAUGGUAGACGUUGUCCACUCUCCUGCCAGCAUAGCUCAGCUGAGGGCAGAGAGAAUACAAUCCGUUGCUGCAGCCCGAGCCUACCAGACAGCUACCUCUGGCUACACCAAAGCCACUACACCUGGUCUUGCCACUCCAACUGAUCUCACAAAACUGGGCGGAGCCUUCGGUCUCCCUGGCAACAGAGUUGUGUCUUCAACAGGGGUGCUUCCUCCGAGGGUCCCGCUCCCCCUCCCCACCUCUCUCUCUUCCAGUUCCGCCCUGGCCAACCCUGUCCCCCUCUCCACUGUGGUUUCCUCGCUACCCACGACUACCCUCCCCGUCUCAAACCCCUCCCUUCCCUCCUCCACCCACAUUACCCACCCCCUCACCAGCUCCUUACCAACCUCUACUAUUCAAGCAACUUCUGCGGUCAAAGCAGCAUAUGGCCCUGAUUUAGUUGGGAAGAUUGUACCACUUCAGCGCCACCUCAGCCAGCAACACGCACAAUUUCUUCUUCUAAGACAAAACGCACUCCAACAGCAACAGGUGGGGGGAGGGGCCAACUCGCAGCUAACGACAGCAGGCCUGGGGGGCAUUCCUCGUCUACAGACUCCACCCCAGUCGGUCCUGGGGACCCAAAAAGUGGGCCUCCCUGCAGGGAUCGAGCAGCUGCGACCGUCCGUCCCCUCUCUUCCUCUUCAGCAGCGAUUCACGGCAGCCGUCACGUCUGCAGCCAACGCCAUGAGAAACAUCACCAGUCGCAGUCUGCAGACGGAAGAAGUCCUGGCCCUGUUGAAACAGCAGUCGUUGCGGAUGGCAGCCUGUCAGACGUACCGGGCAGCUCACCCCACCACCCAGCAGCAGAGGGAGAGCGCGGUCUCCGCACAGCUCCAGGCACAGCUGGCAAGACCUGAGCUGGUAAAGUCGGCCAUUGUUCUCACGAGCGAGUCAGCCUCCUCUUUCUCCUCGCAUGCCGAGCAGGGGAAGGCCGGGAAACUGUUGGCUCAGCCGACAGCGAGGGUCGUUCAGGUUCCGAUCACAACUGCCGUUUCUAUCCCUGCAACCCCUUCCUCAUCUGUACCUACUCCCUCUUCUUCCUCCCAGCAGUCCUCGGUGGCCACACCCACCGCCACGCCCACCUCCAGCACUCCUCAAGCUCCACCCACUAGCACUGCAUCCACUAAUGCAACAGACACUGGCACUAGCUAAAUUUAUGCACUAUAAUACUACUACAUUGUUGAAGACUUUCAACGCAUGCGCAGUGACAAUGAAUAAUGCAUAAAACCAUUCAGCGGCCAGUCACGAGCAAGCAGCUAGCUAGCUAGCUAUACCUACCUACCGACCGCGUUCGCAUGGAACCCGCAAGUAGACAUUCUUUGCUCCUUUUCCCCUUCUUCCUGACGCUCUGCUGUGCAGUCAGGACUCUGGAGGCGGCUGGCGGCUGCAGCUGGAAGGUGAAAUGGGUCGACUACGGAGGAGGACCGAAAGACAUCGCAUGCAAAGAUUCCCGAAGAACGUGGUGGGCUAGGAACACCGCCGCCCACGGCGAGCUGACAGACUGCGCCACGCUGCAGGCGGACGAGUGGACACUCAGCACCGACGGCUGCACGGAGAGCUGCCCCGUCCACGCAGACCGGGAGACCUCCUCUCUGGAGUACUGCUGCACCAGCGGGCCCGGUGCCAACCCAGCCGACGUCCCCGCCAACCAAAGAGACUGCUACUACAUUGCAGUGUGUCCACUCAUCAUGUCAGCGACAAUUGUCCCCUCCGGCGGCCAGCUACUGGCAGGGCACCGGGCCUCCCUCUAUCUCUCCCUCAUCUCCCGCCCACUCCCCACCUCCCAGCCUCGCUUCCACAACCAAAUCGGCCCGUCUCUCAGCUCCAUUCCAGUCCGGAGCGACAAUUACACGAAUUACUUGAAUGCAACGGCCGCCUACACCUUCACAGUGCCAGCUGAGGGCAAAGUCUACAUGAACCUGAAUGGUAUUUCUGCCCCGGAUGGUGCUGGAUGUGGACCACUGAGAAGUAGUGGUGUCGUGGCAGAGUACUACCUGCCUAUUAUAGGAGAUUCAGUCGCUGAGCCCGAUCCAAGCCCGCAGUGUGACUGUUCCCCUCCUCUCCCAACACAUUCAGCUGAACAAAGUUCUGCAGGACAUGUUAGUCUCACUCCAUCUCCUUCCUCCUCCCCCUCCUUCUCCUCCUCCCCCUCCCCCUCCCCCUCCAUUUCCUCCACCCCUCUGCCCACCACUACAAAGUCCAUCUCCGCUCUCUCUGACACAGACUGUGAUGAGAAACGCACAGGAGUUGUGGUUUGGCUGGGGAUGGGGCUGGGGAUAUCGCUCAUGUUCCUUGUCGGUGCUGUUGUAUUUGCUGCGUGGGCUACGGUCCGGGUGUGUCGGCUCAAGAGAAAGCUACGGCAGUUUGUCGCUCCAGUCAGCAAGGAAGGCGGUCUGAAUGCUGAAGUAAAGCCUCCUCUACCAAUUGGAUUCUCAUCUCCUCCCCUCACACACACCGCCACUCCCUCCUCCCCUCCUCCCCCUCUCCCCUCGUCCUCCCCACCCCCCUCUCGCUCCUCUUCCUUCCCCCCACCUCCCAACGAGCACACUCAUCACAACAGCUCUGAGAGCAGCGUUGAUUCCGGAAAAGCUCCUUCCGAUACCGAACUGUACUCCAUUCCGUUCCAGAACGAGACCAGUCCUCGGUCGACACAUUGUACAUCUCCAGACACCUCGGCCAAGCGUCAGCUGUCUCUUCACACGCCUGCAGCGGCCGUAUCUCCCGGACAUGUUGUGAGCACGGCCAGCAGCAGUGUGGUGGACCUGCAGACUGUUGAUCACAUGACCUCGGUACACUGUGUUUGUUAUCAACACGAAGGGACGGAGAAAUAUGCAUUCAUUAAUGGACAAAUGUACAGGAGGGAGGAUGAAGAAGUCAAUUUGGACGAAUCUCUCAACAUUGGCUCCCCGAGAGUUAUUUAGGAGGAGAAGACCUCUCUUAUAGGGCCAGUUUCAAUCUCUGCACACACGCCAACUAAAAUGGACAAGUUGAAAGCUACAUGACGAGUCCACUAGGUGACAAUUGAAAACACCACACGGACGUGCAUCGCUUUCAGCAUCCUCUGUAGUACACAUCACUUCAUGAGUAUCAUUAUAACCUCUUUCACUUCUUUAUAUAUUCAUUUCGAGCAAUGCUUUU